CAGACUGGAUCCAGGGUGUAUAAAAACAGGGGCAAGGCACAGGCUGAGAGCAGAGCAAUCAUCACCAAGUCUGUAAACACGGCAAGGGCUUAGCAGAAGGCUGCCUGAGGAGCCAGGGAGGAAGGAUGGAGCAAGGAAUGAAUGCUCUUCAUGACUUUGGGAUCCAGUCAACGCACUACCUCCAGGUGACUUACCAGGACUCCCAGGACUGGUUCAUCUUGGUGUCCGUGAUCGCUGAUCUCAGGAAUGCCUUCUAUGUACUCUUUCCCAUCUGGUUCCAUCUCCGUGAAGCUGUGGGCAUCAAGCUCCUCUGGGUAGCUGUGAUUGGAGACUGGCUCAACCUCGUCUUUAAGUGGAUUCUAUUUGGACAGCGUCCAUACUGGUGGGUCAUGGACACCGAUUACUACAGCAACACCUCCGCACCACUGAUAAAGCAGUUUCCAGUCACCUGUGAGACUGGACCAGGGAGUCCCUCUGGCCAUGCCAUGGGUACAGCGGGUGUAUACUACGUGAUGGUGACAUCCACCCUCGCUAUCUUUCGGGGAAAGAGAAAGCCAACCUACAGAUUUCGGUGCUUGAACAUCAUUUUGUGGUUGGGAUUCUGGGCUGUGCAGCUGAACGUCUGUCUAUCCCGAAUCUACCUUGCUGCUCAUUUUCCCCAUCAGGUCAUUGCCGGAGUCCUGUCAGGCAUUGCUGUUGCUGAAACUUUCCGUCACAUCCAGAGCAUCUACAAUGCCAGCCUCAAGAAGUAUUUUCUCAUUACCUUCUUCCUGUUCGGUUUUGCCAUUGGAUUUUACCUGCUGCUCAAGGGGCUGGGUGUAGACCUCCUGUGGACACUAGAAAAAGCCAAGAGAUGGUGUGAGCGGCCGGAAUGGGUCCACAUUGACACCACGCCUUUUGCCAGCCUCCUCAAGAACGUGGGGACCCUCUUUGGCCUGGGCUUGGCUCUCAACUCCAGCAUGUAUAGGGAGAGUUGCAAGGGCAAGCUCAACAAGUGGUUCCCAUUCCGCCUCAGCUGCAUUGUGGUCUCUCUCAUCCUCCUGCACCUCUUUGACUCUUUGAAACCCCCAUCCCAAGUUGAGCUGAUUUUCUAUGUCCUGUCCUUCUGCAAGAGUGCAGCCGUGCCCCUGGCAUCUGUCAGCCUCAUCCCCUACUGCCUUGCCCGGGUCCUGGGCCAGCCGCACAAGAAGUCUUUGUAAGGGAUGUGGAGCCUUCAGUAUUCAAAGUCAGUGACUGUGCCAACCACUGAGGGUGGCUAGGGUCUUCUGCUAGCCCAUUUUGAGGCCAGAGGUGCUAGAGUCAGCUCAGCUGACCCCUUCCUCCUUUGCAAUUCUAAUUGUAUUGGGUGGUUUUUUUUUUUUUAUUUAAACUAAUAAGGCUAGUUGAGAGAGUCUUAUCUGUUAGAAGUUGGGUCCUUCUGGAUUUUUCCCUGAAGACUUAACUUGUUCUUCUUUGAGAUAUACAAAAACAAGACUUCCAGGUAGGGCCAGCUCACAAUCCCAGGCUGGGGAUCUCAACUGAGAAUUUUCUACCUGUCCCCAUCCUUACACAGAAAAGGGAAAGGAGCAGUGGAUUUGAUAGAGAAAGAAGGAUGAUGGAUUAAGGAAGACUUUCGUAUCCUCCUGCACAUCAUGCAAAUUAUGUUACACAAUAUCUAAAUGGCUUUGAUUGUAUUUGAAUCUUUAGGUAAGGGACUCUCAAUAGUGAGGGACCAACUUAAAGUAUAAUUAAUAGGUAGUUAGUGGGGUAAUUCUGCUUCUUAUAUUUUUCUAUUAUAUAUCCAUGGUCUUUGCAUUUACUAGGAUUUCUGAAUGGCCGCAGUGACCUAGAUUUGUACUGGGUCAGAGCAUGCAGAUAUAGUCAACUUCUCCUCUAUCACACUAGAUCUUCCUCCUUGUUAGCCCAGCUAGGCUUUCCCUAGAAUUUUUCACUGGCUCCACAUCCUGCCAGAUACAGAGAUGCCUAAAUGCAGCUCUGGGGGGUAGUGCGUUUGUAUGGUUUACACUCUGAAAUCUUGGGCAAAAAGGCAAGGAGACGGCAAGGAUUCCUUUCUCCAGAAGGUCACUCCAAUGUUACUUUUGAUUCCUAGAGGGUAAAUAUGACUCCUUUCUCUAUCCCAAGCCAACCAAGAGCACAUUCUUGGAGGAAAAGCCAGCUCUCCCUUGCCUGUUCUUAAGUCUCAGCUGAUUUGCAGAUAUGUCUUAAAAAAAAUGUUUAAGCCUAUUUAUUUGAGAGUCCUUGUUUUUGCUACUAAUUAUAUAGUUCACCAUAUAUUACCAUUCACACCAGCCAUCCUGGUCAUAACAUCUUUGAAAAGAAAAAUAUAUAUGUGCAGUAUUUUAUUAAAACAACAUUUUAUUUAAGAAUGAAGUCUUGCUGAUUACUGUAUUUUAGAUGCAAUGCGAUCUGAAGGUUCUAAUUCUGGCUCAGCUAAAUUUCUAGCUCUUUUCUAUUUCCCUAAACAAAUCAUUUAGUCUCUGUGUACCUAUAUUUUCCCUUUGGAGAAAGAAAGUCUUGGGCUGGCCAGGAGUGCCAGUGGAGCCAGGGGACCUACAAAGUGUCCAUAGUGCACAGAUAGCCUUGAGGGUAUCAACACAGACACGGUAUCAUUGGCCAAGACUGAACAUUAGUUACCAGACCACAGGUCAGCAUGAGUUGCUCUAAGGGAUCAAAUUGCAACUUAAAGGCAAAUACACAGGGUCAUUACCAAACUAAGCAAUCAGAGAAUGUAACUCAUAGCAGUGGAAAAAGACUGGGUAGACUCUGGAAUCCAGGAAGCCAGCAUCAGCAAGGUUUGGGG